GCAAGCUUUUACAAAAUGGGUAGACGAGGUGUGAACGGCUCACUCCGGCGGCACACGUCUCCGUCACAACCCGGAGGUCACAACAUCAGAAAAAACAUGGCGGCUUCCAGAAAGGCGACCGUGGUGUUGAAGGCUGUGAAGAGAAUCGCUGUGCAGUUCUGUCCCUUUGAGUCUAAUGUCCGGUCCACACGGGAGUUCCUGGCCAUGGUGGGCUCAGAGAAGGUCAGAGCCACCAACAUGAACUGCGAGGUGGUAGCCGUGGUAAAACACGACAAAUCUGAGCCUGUAGUAGAUGUUACUUACUUAGACGGAGAGAAGCUGGUGUUGAAGGGGGCAAAUUUGACCAGCAGCGAGAUGCUGAGCACAUUUCAGUCACGGUGCACGGCGAAGGAUCCACAGGCUGCAGCACAGAAAUAAUGAUGCUCGUGUUAAAUGUGCUGCUGAAUGUCUGUAUGUAUGAGUAUGUCCUUGGAUGUUUAUAAUAAAGUAUUUCAUUUCUA